AUGAGCUCAGUUAAGAUCAAAAGGGCGGUGUUCAAGGCCUCUCGCGCAUUCUCCGUCAUCGUCGCUGUCUCAUUCGUGGCGCAAGUGUAUUUUGUCAACUGGCAAGGCACAACGCAAAAGCCUAUCCGCACGCCCAAAGAGCCAGUACAGACGGUUGACACGACGUCAUCAUCAGUAGCCGUUGAUGAUGUUAAGCCUCCUCAAGACCGGACAGUUUGGGGUCUUUUGCAGGAUGACAGCCGCAUCUCGGCCUUUGCACAGUGGGUCGGCCAGUUCGACGAUAUUGUGAAGGGUCUGGAUACGCCACAGGCCCGCUUCACGUUGUUCGCUCCCACAAACGAAGCCGUUGCGCGGGAGAGCUUCGAGCAUGAUCUGCCGUGGUUCUACUGGAAGUUCCUAGUUGGCUAUCAUAUGAGCCUCGGAAAUUCGUCGGCUGCCGCCCUGCACACCCAGAACACGGUGCAGUCCUUUGUCAACGCUGACGUCUUCUUCAACUAUAAGCAGCGGAUAAGCGUCCAAACAGUCGACCCUGAGUAUGAUGAUGAUGACGAAGACGAAAAGGACAUCACUUUCAACCGUCGCUCGACUAUUAUUGUCCCCGACCAGAAAGCAACUAAUGGCUACAUCCAUCUGGUUGACCGCGUGAUCUUCCUGCCCGAGUCGACGACUCAUAUCCUGCGUUCUCACGACGAGUUUGCCACGUUUCGUCAGGCAUUGACCAAAACCGUCGAUCUGGCCGUGCUUGUUAACGACACUUCGACACACGUUGGCCAGACCAUCUUUGCACCGACUGAAGCUGCCUUUGCCAAACUCGGUCGUAAAGCUAACCAAUUCUUCUUCGGCCCUGGCGGCGAGGAUUACCUUCGCGCCCUGUUGGCCUACCACAUCGUCGCCAACCAGACCCUCUUUUCCGAUGUGUUUUUCCAAGAGGAUGGCCGCGGUCAACUUCCUGUGAACACUGACUCGGAGCCGGCUGAAAGCCCCAAUAACCGUCAAUCGGUGCGGAUCAACUCACUGGUUCCUCUAGCCAUGCCAGACAUGGUUGCCAUGGACGGAGUCGUACACGGUAUCGACACCAUUUUGGUACCGCCUGGUGUCGUUGAUUCAGAAAACAACCAAGAGGAUGAAUCACCCAGAUCACCAGACAAUCGUCCAUGGUUUUUUCGCUUUUUCGACUGGUCCGCUGCUGGCACGACAGAGGAGACGUUAACAGUCGACCAGUGGAUUGAACGAUUGCAGCCGCUCAUGAGUGAAUUGCGAGUUUAA